AUGGGGAUAGGAGAGUGGGUUUUAGAAGAGAAGUGGCCCCUCUUCCAUUACAGCCAGAGGCAGGGAGAGCAUGCAGGGAAAGUUGAACUAGCCAGCUGUGGAUGGAGUAAGAAGGAGAAACACAGUCUCGCCCCCAAUGUUGUGGCCUUUACUCGGAGGUUUAACCAGGUCAGUUUUUGGGUUGUACGAGAAAUUCUAACAGCACAGACUUUAAAAAUAAGGGCAGAAAUCCUGAGCCAUUUUGUGAAAAUAGCCAAGAAACUUCUAGAGCUCAACAACCUUCAUUCUCUCAUGUCUGUGGUGUCAGCAUUACAAAGUGCUCCCAUCUUCAGGCUGACAAAAACCUGGGCUCUUUUGAAUAGAAAAGACAAGACCACCUUUGAGAAAUUAGACUAUCUGAUGUCUAAAGAAGAUAAUUACAAGCGGACUCGGGAGUAUAUUCGAAGCCUGAAGAUGGUUCCAAGUAUUCCCUAUCUAGGGAUCUAUCUUCUGGAUUUAAUCUAUAUUGAUUCCGCGUAUCCUGCCUCAGGCAGCAUCAUGGAAAAUGAACAAAGAUCCAACCAGAUGAACAAUAUUCUCCGAAUAAUUGCUGAUUUGCAAGUUUCCUGCAGCUAUGAUCACCUUACCACCCUACCCCAUGUUCAGAAGUACCUGAAGUCUGUACGCUACAUUGAAGAGCUUCAGAAGUUUGUGGAGGAUGACAACUACAAGCUGUCGCUCAGAAUUGAACCAGGAAGCAGCUCUCCAAGGCUAGUCUCUUCCAAGGAAGAUCUUGCAGGCUCCUCUGCUGGCUCCAGUUCUGCCAGGUUCAGCCGGAGGCCCACCUGUCCUGAUACGUCUGUUGCUGGCAGCCUCCCCACACCUCCAGUCCCCAGGCACAGGAAGAGCCACAGCCUGGGCAACAAUAUGAUGUGUCAGUUGAGUGUAGUUGAGAGUAAAAGUGCAACAUUCCCAUCGGAGAAAGCGAGGCAUCUACUGGAUGACAGUGUCCUAGAGUCCCGCAGCCCCCGCAGGGGCCUGGCCCUCAUCUCCUCUUCUGCUGUCACCAAUGGACUCUCCCUAGGCAGUAGUGAGAGCUCAGAGUUUAGUGAAGAGAUGUCUUCAGGGCUGGAAAGGGGACGCCUCUAUGCCACACUGGGACCCAACUGGCGGGUUCCUGUUCGGAAUUCUCCUAGAACUCGGAGCUGCGUCUACAGCCCCACUGGCCCGUGCAUCUGUACUCUGGGGAGCUCAGCAGCCGUGCCCACCAUGGAGGGGCCUCUGAGAAGGAAAACCCUGCUCAAGGAAGGACGGAAGCCCGCACUGUCCUCGUGGACCAGGUACUGGGUCAUACUCUCAGGAUCCACCCUCCUGUACUACGGAGCCAAGUCCUUACGGGGCACAGACAGAAAACACUAUAAAUCCACACCUGGCAAAAAGGUUUCCAUUGUGGGCUGGAUGGUGCAGCUGCCUGACGACCCCGAGCACCCGGACAUCUUCCAGCUGAAUAACCCUGACAAAGGUAAUGUUUACAAGUUUCAGACUGGUUCCCGAUUUCAUGCAAUACUGUGGCACAAGCAUUUGGAUGAUGCAUGUAAAAGCAACAGGCCUCAGGUACCUGCAAACCUUAUGUCAUUUGAGUAAGUCUCUGCAGGACGUGGUGUGACUUCAGAGGCUUCUGGGAGCCUGGGCUGGGCCUGGUGGAGAAGAGCAGUCCUGGGUUCAGGCUGUGGGCCAGGGUGCUGGGAGAUUCACAGCUGGACUCAGGGGACACGGUCUGUGGCCUCACGGUCCCAGAGGGCUCAACCAGUUCGGGAUCCACCUGCCAGUCCCCAGCGACUCAUGACACUCAUCCUGCAGCACCACCUCUUGGGCGGUGGUUGAACUCCAGGCUCCACAUUCCGCCCUCCCUCUCUGGCCCCUCAUCCGUCCACCAGCUGCUUCUGCGACUAGAGAGCAUUUGACCCAGGCUGGGUUCUCAGUGCUUUCUACGGCACAAAGAAUGAACAGUAUUAACCUAUGAGAGAGGCCUGAGAGAAGGAACAGGCUGUGGAACAGGCUUUUCACACCCCAAGUGCACGGGGUUGCUCGCCCACAGGGCUGCCUCAGAUUUUGUAAAACGCCCAAGCGUCCUCUGCGUGUGUGUGCGGUACAUGUUUGCGUGUGAGUGAGCGUGAACUCUCUGAGAAACAUGCAUUUUGGCACAAGACUUGUGACAUCACACACUUCAUUCGCUUUGAGGCCCUGCUUAAACCUUAAGUUAUAGCCUUGGCCACUGAGGAAGGUCAGAGUCAGAGCCCAGAUUCCUCCUGUGUUAAGGGUUUCUUGCAUUCUUUUACUGUAAACAAACAAUGCCUUAAAUUGUGUCUUGUUUUCUGUUCCUAUGGGUGCUAUUCAUCUGGAAGGUCUGCUUCCUGGGCUCCCAGGUCAAUCCCAGGCCUUGUUGCUGUCAGCCCUUCUGAGACACUACCCAGCUUCAGGGCCAUGGACCAGGCUGCUAGCCUGCUGCUUCCUCCCAUCCCCUCUCCUGGCAGGGUCUUAGGCCCUUCUCAACCCCUACCCCCACGCCAGAUGGGAUGUUGUGACGUUCUUCCCAGCUUCCUCAGAAGCAUCUUGAAGGCCGUUGUGUUCACAGUAAUUGGCUGCUCAGAAGCCACUUGGCAUCAGCCUCCCUGCAGGGCAACGCUUUUGUUCCCAUCACUUUGCCUCCACUGCCAGGGUGGGACCCACCAAGAUUCCUGAUCAUGAUGGGGAGCUGAGUGACACUGAGACCUUAAGCUCCCCCAGUGUUGCCCCCAAAUGUGGUCACCAGCAGUUCUACAUUAUCCAAGUCCAAGGGCACAGUGUUGAUAACCAUGUGGCAAGACAGCAGAUCCCUGGGGAGUGAUUGGUCCAACCUCUGCAUUCAGUUAAGACCUCGUCACAUGAACAACAUCCUUUAUCUGUCACCUUUUGUCACAUUUUAAAGCAACUUUUAUUUUGCACGAAUACAUUUUUACUCAAAAUAAUGACUUACUCUUUAUCACCAUCCCUUCUCCCCACCACCCUUUAAUUUGGACAUCCUAAUUCUAAGAAGGAAACCCUUAACAGUUUUCUAAGAGAGACUGAAUUUCUGGGUGCUUGUUGUGUGGUUCAGAGCUCACAAUAAUCAGGCAUCAAACUAUCCAGAAGAGUUUCAGGUCUUGAUGGUUCAAAACGGUAAUAAGUAAACUCUAAUGGGUCAAUUUAAAAACAACCAAAGGACCCACAACUGUUUUUUAUUCAAAUAGCGACAACUUCUCUAAAAGUUUGAAUACAUUGGUGAAGAAAGUAGUUGUCAUCAGGGUCUCACUUUGUGGUUGAGUCUUACUGUCCUCCUUUUGAGCAAAGACUAGAAUACUUUCAUGCCAAGAGAAACUCCAGAUGAUAAAGUUGAUGCUGUCAAAUUCUUGAUGAUAGGUGUUUGGCACACUCACUCGGAUGUAUGUACCUAAUUCUACCAACGACUAUUCAGAUCAGUAUCUAAAGGCUGAAUGACAAUGCCGAAAACUCCAGACACCUCUGUCUAGAACCGUGCAGUGUUAACGCUUUAACCUACAUUAAAUCUGAAUCUACCUGUUAACUUUUAAAAAGUCUUAAGUUGGAUGAAAGUGCAAGACUGGAACAUCAGCUACUUAUUUUCCUUGGGUUUCUCCACCCUUCAAACUGUCCUGUUUUGUCACACAUGAAAUAUUAUAGAUGCCAACCUAAGACCCCAGAAUUUCAAGCACCACGAAAUCAGAUGAUUUUCUGCCCUUUAUACAUUGUUCUUAUCUUUCACAAAUGUUUUCUUCUGAGCCUAAUUUGAAAUAGCACAAGCACACUUCUUUUCAAAGUGUUUAGUCUUCUCUCUGAUUGAGUCUGAUCCCACGUCCCCUCCCAGGAACAUUAUUAACUUGGACUCUUGAAGAAUCUCUUUAGGCUUUGUUGGCACCAGUCUUAUAGAACUGGUAAGAGCCUUGAACACACCAGAAGAGUCCUGGAGAUGAAGCUGAAGGAUACUCAGCUCUCAGCGGGGCUCAGGGCCAAGCAUGUGAGUUCAGCACUGAUUGUCUUCCCAGUGUUGGUUUGCCCCUUGAGCUGCAAGCUAAGAGGCCUGGGAGCCUGGGAACAAGGGGGCCAAGCACAGACCAUAAAGGGGGAAAGCCUAUGGGUGAAUUCUCACCCUGGAGGGAAGCAUUUCUGCAUUUUGCUCCUCAGUUGCCCAUAGUGCACAGAUGUUUGUGAAACCAUUGAAGGUGUUAUGUCUUGCAUGCAUAUGCCAUAAAUGUUUUAAAAGCAAACAGAUCAUGGCACCGCAAAACGAAAGUUGGAGAAAGCUGUCUACACACUAUGGAGUCAAUAACAUAACAAUAUGAUGUCCCAAGAACAACUCAUUCACCUCUCCCUGGGGAUAGUUUUUGUCCCUCUCAGUUGAACACAUUCUGCCACUCAAGGUCAGUCAAGUGCAUUCUGGCAACUGAAAAACUUUAUGGACUGGUGAUUUGGUGGAGAGCAGUAGAAAUACUGUUCUGAGUGUGCCCGUCGAAGUGUAUGCCCCUUCCCUCCCUGUCAGACUAUAGAAGCUGAGGAAAUAGACACUUGAAGGGAUUCUGUUUAGGAAGGAUCCCAGUCUCUAUUGCUAGAUGAAUUUGUAAAGCAUUCUUCUUCUUACCAAGAUGGCCAGUAUUUCUUUCAUCAUCUUAUUCCCACCUCGCAGGCCCAAGAGGUGUAUCUUUUAGGAGGCCAUAUUACAGAUGGAAAUGCUCCAUGAAAACAGGAAGCCAUUUUCAAGCAACAUCUGCUUCAUUCCUCAGGUAGGGUCCAGGCUCUGCCCCCACAUUGCCGAUGCUUGUGACUACCAGGAGAACAUUGCCAAAAACACAGCCCUCUUGUUUGUGACCCCAUAAAUGAUUUAAAUCAGCUCUACAUCAUAUUGGCAUGUCAAGUGAUUUCAUGUUUUAAAAAGAAAAAGAUCUAAAAGAAUCCUUUUGGUAUAACAGAUUUUCUGCACAAAACCACACCUUCAUUCACUUAUUUAUUCACGUCAUUAGUGACUACUUCCUAGGUGCCAGGCUCUAGCUGGGAUAUAAAUGACUGAGAACAAGACAGAUCCAGUCCCUGCCCUCGUGGAGCUGACCACUCAACGAACAUAAAAGCCCUACCACAUAUAUCUCCUUGGGCAAGACUCUGCCUCUCUCCUAACCCUGAGUAGAAACCCUGCACAUGGAUUCCUCCAGAAAGACUUCAAAAGGCUCGGCAGAUGGAGUAGCCUCUUGAUCUGCAAGUUCAGUUGCAAAGACAACUAGAUGGAGUUGCUGUCCUAGAGGCGGGUUGGGCGCACUGAGGACUCCAGAGGUAGAGUGGAAAGCGGGCUCAGAGUGGAAAGCAGGCUCAGACUGGCACAGUAUUGACUCCAUAGGCUUUUGUUUUUUAUUUCAAUAUUAAAUACGAGUACAGGAUGAGUGGCUGCAUUCUUGAGUGUGGAGAACUUGUACCAUGGACUUGAGACCACCUCGCAGCCCUUGCUGCACAAGCGUGUGUUCCUAUGGGCAGCCUCCAAACCCUGCUUAUAGCAGCAACUCAAUAGGUCAUGCGUCCAUUUAUAGCCAUUAAUCUCUAUCCAUUUCUGAAUGACUCUAGCCAGUCAGUAAUGAAAUAACAGUAAUUAAUUUAUUAGUAUGGUAUAAUCUUUAAUAAAUUUCGUGCCAAAAUGCAUGGUUUUCCACUUAGCAUUCAAAAUGUUGUGUAGAGAGUAGUUUUCAAUUUCUUAUGUAUUCUUCAAAGUAAGUUGAAAAUCAGUUUCUACAUUUUAAUUCAUUUUUUGUUAAAUCUGUUGCAGUUUCCUGGGCUGUCUUUUUUUCCAGCAGACCCCUGCAUGCAGUUGUGUAAGGACUUUCUCUAAUUCUUGUGAAUUGUCUCACCCGCAAUAACCACUGAACAUCAGCCCUCCCUGGGAUUCUUUAGAUUUUUGGUGAAGUAUUUUGUUACCUCAGUCUUGUAUCAAGUCGCUGUAUUUUUCAGCUUGUUACAUUGAUUAUAAUUGUUUCACUAAUUAAAUACUUUAAUGUAUAAACAUCUUUGUUUAUUUUGAAAUUAAAUGUGUUUUCCAAUGAA